AUGAUGCAGAGGACAGUGUUUGUACUUGCUAAGACCAAAGCGAGGCCAAGUUAUUUCAGAGCAAUGGAAGAUGAUGCAAAAGUGGUGCAAGAAGUGCUCAAGAACCUGAAAAGAACCAAAAAGAUAUGCGAAAACAUUGUUCAUCAUCAAGAAUGUGUAGAUGCAGAUAAUUUUCAGAAGAUUAGAAGACAACUCAAUGUCUGUAUCAUAGAGAAGCAAAUAGCAGUACAUUACCGUAUGAACCAGAAGGGAAAAUGA